AUGGAGUCAAAUUUACAAGCGAAAUUGAAAGGGAUAGACGCGUUCUGCGGAGAGCGAUACUGGGUAACAAGGUUUCCUUAAAUGGUCUCAUCGAAACGGUAUAAUUUCAGGAUCCAGCCAUCUGGAACGCGUCGGCGGUUCCGAUUCUGAGUCAGUGCUACCAGCACACGACUCUCGUCUGGUUCCCCACCGCCAUCGUCUUCCUGCUCGCACCGAUUCUCACUGCUCAGAUCUUCUACCGCCGCCCAAACCCCAUCCCCUGGACCAAACGGAUUCAACUCAAAAUCGCCGUCGCCUGUGUGCUCAUUGCUGAUUCGCUGUCGCUUUUCACUGUCGCCAUCUAUGAGACAAUUUUCCAAGGAUUCCCGUAUGCUGUUGACUUUGUCUAUCCGCUGACGCUCUGUCUUGCAAUGGUAACUCAUGCAAUCCUCUCUUUACAGACUUUGUACAUCCUUUCCUUUUCAGGUUGUGCUCACUGCCCUCAUUGUUUCGUGUAGAAACUACGGCAUUGUGACCUCUGGAGGCAUGUUCCUCAGUUGGCUCGUCUUCACCAUUUGCGCAGUUCCCGAGUUGAUGUACUGGGUUCAACAGAUGUUCUCGGCGUAUCCAUGGAACUGGCUCGAUUACCCAAGAUGCAUCGCCUUCUUAAUUUGGUUCCUUGGCUGCGCCCUCGAGACGUACCUCCACUGCUUCGCCGACAUUUCUCCCGAAGGAUACAAGUACCUCAGCACGGCCAAGAAUCCCAGCCCCGAGACCACAUCGUCGUUCCUCAACCGCAUCACGAUGUGGUGGUUCAAUUCGCUGUGCAGUCUCGGCGUUCGCAAGCCAUUGGAGGUUUCGGAUUUGUACUCGUUGAAUGAAGCCGACACGUCGACUUUGUUGGUGCCCAAGUGGUUCAAUCUAUGGGAAAAGCAAAGCAAAAGUGAGUUCCCGUCGUAAUUUUGUGGUUCAAACAGCUGUGCGCAGAAAGUGUCAGCCGAACAACAAGUGCGUCAGUAACCGUGGCUCCCCCCUCCUCCCCCCACUUUCAAACGGGCCACAUUGAUUUUACUCAUUUUUCGAUUUUUAGACUAAAAUUCUGCAAUUUUCAAGCACACAUCGAUUGUUUCAGAGUUCGAGGAGAACCGCAACCGUCGUCGCGCCAAUUCCAAUGUCUCAAACGCGUCCCGCCGCCGCACCUCGUCAAACGACAGUACUCCGUUGCUCCACGACCAGAACACGGACGACUACGGAUCGGUGCCUACCAGCCAGCCCAGCCAACAGAUGCCUUCCAUCAUCUGGACCCUCUUCCUCAUGUUCAAGUGGGACGUUAUCACGGCGAUGUUUGUCAAGCUGCUCUCGGAUAUCCUUCUCUUCUGCAACCCGAUGCUGCUGAAAUCGCUCAUUCAGUUCACGGAACAAUUGGAAAGACCGAUGUGGCAAGGAGUCGUGCUCGCGUUCACCAUGUUCGGAUCGGCUGAGCUCUCGUCCAUCCUGCUCUCCCACUACUUCUACCUGAUGUAUCGAGUCGGAACUCGUGUGCAGACGUGUCUCACAGCCGCUGUUUAUCGCAAGGUACCCUCUCUUCCACUCGGCUAAUCAAAAUGUUAUCUCUAUUUUCCAGACGCUCCGUUUGUCGAACGCCGCUCGUCGCGAGAAGACUGUCGGCGAGAUUGUCAACCUCAUGGCCAUAGACAUUGACCGCUUCCAACAGAUCACCCCUCAAACGAUGCAAUACUGGUCAAACCCAUUCCAAAUCGGAUUUGCUUUGUUCCUGCUCUUCCAGCAACUGGGAGUCUCCGUCUUCAGUGGAGUUGCCGUGAUGGUGCUUUUGUUUCCGAUCAACUUUGUGAUCACGAUGAUCAUUCGCAAGUGGCAGAUCUCGCAGAUGUACUACAAGGAUGAAAGGACAAAGAUGGUGAACGAGGUGCUCAAUGGAAUCAAGGUCAUCAAACUGUACGCGUGGGAGCCACCUAUGGAGAAGGUCAUUGAGGAUUUAAGAGAGAAGGAACUGGGGCUGAUCAAGAAGGCCGCAUUCCUUCGCACUUUCUCGGACAUGCUCAACACCGCCUCGCCUUUCCUCGUCGCCCUUUCGACCUUCACGACCUUCAUCUGCAUCGAUCCGAAGAAUGUGCUGACACCAGAGAUUGCGUUCGUAUCUUUGACGCUCUUCAAUCAGUUGCGUUCGCCAAUGUCUCAAGUAGCGGAGUUGAUCACUCAAACAGUGCAAGUGGUGGUUUCCAACAAACGUCUGAAGGAGUUCCUUAUGUCUGAAGAGCUCAACGAGGACGCCAUCGAUCGUAAAGGUCGUGAUAGUGAGUUUAAUGACGGCUGACGACAAACUGAAUAUUGUUUUUUGCAGAUAACGACAUCAUUGCCGUUAACGACGCCACGCUGUCCUGGGAGUCUGGCGAGAGCAAGCCAGUGGCAUGCCUCCACAACAUCUCCUUCUCAGUCAACCGCGGACAACUCGUCACGAUUGUCGGACGCGUCGGAGCCGGAAAGACGUCGAUGCUCCAAGCGUUGAUGGGCGAAAUGGAGAAGAUUUCUGGAAGUAUCUCUAUGCACGGACGUCUCUGCUAUGUGCCUCAACAACCGUGGAUGCAAAACAACACGCUUCGCCAGAACAUCACAUUCGGAAAGCAGUUCGAUGAGUACUUCUACUCUCGUGUCCUCGACGCCUGUGCUCUCUACCGCGACCUCCAAAUUCUUCCACUCGGAGAUAGUACGGAGAUUGGAGAGAAGGGAAUCAACAUGUCCGGUGGUCAGAAGGCCCGCAUAUCACUCGCGCGUGCCGUCUACCAGAACCAUGACAUCUACCUGCUCGACGAUCCUAUGAGUGCCGUGGAUGCUCACGUCGGAAGCCAGCUGUUCAACUCUGUGAUUGGACCCGAAGGAAUGCUCCGCAACAAGACCCGUAUCCUGGUGACGAAUGAGCUCUCGUUUUUGGAAAAAGCGGAUCUGAUCAUGGUGAUGAGGGAUGGACGGAUUGAGUUUGAGGGAAAGUACGAACAGCUAAUGCAGCAAGGUGCUUUCGAGCAAUUGCUGAUCGAGUGCGAGCAAGAGGAUCAGAAGCGACGUGAAGCCGCCCUUUCAGCUGAUGACGACGAUGAAACCUCGGAGCCAGGAGGCAUUAUGAUUGAAGGAGAUUCGGACUUUGAGUACGAUGAUGAUGUGAUGGCGUCGCCGAUCAUUGACCACGUGCUCGGAACCAGUCACAUGUCCACCGUCUCGGGAAUCAUCAACCGCCGCCGCAUCAGCACGUCCACCCAGAAGCAGCGCCGCCGUCUCUCCACCACCAAAUCCACCGCCCCAUCGAUUGUGUCGGUUUCCACGACGUCCCGCCAACUCACAGGGACCGAGCGUGUCGAGACUGGACGCGUCAAGAUGGAUACCUAUCAGAAGUACUUUGGAGCCAUGGGAAUGUCUAUCGCUGUCAUUUUUGUGUUUGGAAUGACCACGAGUACGGUUGUGUCGAUGGGAAGGAACUUGUGGCUGACGGAUUGGUCAAACGACAAUGCUGCCCGCGCUGGAACCAACACCACUGGAAACAGUAUUGGAGUCCGUCUAGGAGUGUACGCUGGCCUCGGAUUCUCGGAAAGUGAGUUUUCCCGUAACGUGCGCUCUCAGAACGUCAUUAUUUCUUUUCAGUUAUCCUUCUCUUCAUCGGAAUGCUGUCCUUGCUCUACGGAGGAGUGUCGGCUUCGAGAAACCUGCACGCCCCGCUGAUGCGCAAUCUGUUCCGCGUUCCAAUGGCUUUCUUCGACACGACACCAUUCGGACGAAUUUUGAACCGCAUCGGAAAGGAUAUCGAGACGGUCGACGUGCUUCUGCCGUUCAAUGUCCAGUUCUUCGCCCAGUGCCUUCUUCAAGUGAUCUCCACGCUCAUCAUCAUCAUGAUUUCUACCCCGGUGUUCGGAGUUGUGAUCAUCCCGUUGUCUGUGAUGUACCUCAUGGUCAUGAGAUACUACAUUGCCACCUCCCGUCAGCUGAAACGAUUAGAGUCGAUAACUCGCUCGCCGAUCUACAGUCACCUCUCUGAAUCCAUUCAAGGAUCAUCGACCAUCCGCGCCUACCACCUUGUCGAUCGGUUCUGCAAGCUGUCGGAGACCAAAGUGGACACGCACGUCCAGUGCCGUUACCUCAACUACGUGGCCAAUCGCUGGUUGUCGGUCCGACUGGAGUUCAUCGGAAAUUGCAUUGUGUUAUUUUCCGCCCUGUUCGCCGCCCUUACCAGAUCCACGACCACUUCUGGAGUCAUUGGAUUGUCCGUUUCGUACGCCCUCAACAUCACCACCGUGCUCAACUUCGCCGUCCGUCAGAUCACGAAGCUGGAGACGAAUAUUGUGUCUGUGGAGCGGGUGAAGGAGUACGCGGAGACUGAGACGGAGGCCGAGUGGAAGUCGGAGCCCGGAAAGGAACCACCACAGAACUGGCCGUCGGAGGGACGGAUCGUGAUGAAUAACUACUCUGCCCGCUACCGCCCGGGCCUCAACCUGGUCGUCAAGCAGCUCAACGUAGAGAUCAGGCCACACGAGAAGGUCGGAAUCGUCGGACGCACCGGAGCCGGAAAAUCGUCGGUCACUCUGUCGCUCUUCCGCAUCAUUGAAGCCGCCGAGGGACUGAUCGUUGUCGACGGCAUCAAUCUAGCGGAGAUUGGCCUCCACGACCUGCGCUCGAACCUCACCAUCAUCCCACAGGACCCUGUGCUCUUCUCUGGAACCUUGCGCUUCAACCUCGAUCCUUUCCAUCACUACUCGGACGAUGACAUCUGGAAAGCUCUGGAGAUGGCCAACUUGAGAGAGUUUGCGGUUGGCCACCAUGAGAAACUGGACUACACGAUCACCGAAGGAGGUGACAACAUCAGGUACAAGAACUAACAGUGCUUCGAAACUUCUCAUCUUUAUUUUUGCAGUGUCGGGCAACGUCAACUGGUGUGUCUGGCCCGUGCCCUUCUCCGCAAGACUCGUGUGCUAAUCCUUGAUGAAGCGACGGCCGCCGUCGAUGUCUCUACGGAUGCAUUGAUCCAGAAGACGAUCCGCGAGGAGUUUGCCAACUCGACAGUUCUCACCAUCGCUCACCGGCUGAAUACCAUCAUGGACUAUGAUCGGUAAGAUAGCCAAUCACGCAAAUGUGUUUAAAAUCUCGACACCUUCCUUGCAGAAUCAUCGUGCUCAACGACGGAAAGGUUGGAGAGUUCGACAGCCCGAAGAACUUGCUCGAGAACCGCAACUCUGAGUUCUACUCGAUGGCCAAGCGCGCAGGACUCGUCUGA